GACUCAGAUACAACACUGCGCAAGUACUCAGUGCCUCUGCGCUCCUUUGCCCAAGCAAUAUUACUCUCACUGCAGAGCCACAAGUCAGGGUAUACUUUUCCCUUGGGCGAGGAGGAUAUAGAGAGAGCCCAUCACUUGCAGGAUAGCCUUGACACUCCUACAGAUGAUGGUGUGACAGUCUUCCAUGAGUUCAUCUAUCCCUUCCUGUCCCGCAGCAUCGAUUCCACUUCUGACAACAAAUGGUCCUCUGCACUGGAGUGUUUCUUAGCUGUCUACUCGCUUCUCCCAGAUGGCAUUCACAAGAGAGCAUCAGAUAUGACUCAGCCAUUAGCCAUGUUUGAGUAUCACUGCCGUGGAGCUACCCUCUAUGAGGCACAUAGGCAGCAGUCGGAGUUUGGUAAUGACUUGUUCAAAUCGGUUACACACUACUGCUUGGAUAAUCUGCAUCCUGGGACUCUAACUCCAUUCACCACCCUCGUUGACUACCAGCGCUUCAUCUCCUCGCUUGCUUACUCUGAGACAAAUGCCCCAAGCAUCACCAUCUCAGACGAUGCCACAAGGUUUGCAUAUAAAGGCAAGCUUUUACAGCUGGGAGACCUGACUCGUGGUGUCCGACGCCUCUUUGAAGACACACAAAAGAACAUGUCUGCCCUGUUCCGUGGUCAGGUGGUCCAUCUUGAAAUCCCUGAUCACGUUCCAGAUGACAUGACGAAUAUCGAGCGCGACUAUAGCUGGCUGAACAAUGGAGUCUUUACAGAACCUGGCAUACUCUGGAAGAUUCUGACAGAGGACAAGACACUCCGUCUCUGCCCUGUUGACCCAUCUGGUUCACUGAUGUGGAAUCCUGGAGCGAUGAAUGAGGUAAUGGAGGCUUGUGGUCGAAUCAACAAGUCUUUAGCUGUUCUCUGCCAUGUUCUUGCUGGCCAGCCUGCUCGUGCGACAGAGUUUGUGGAUUUGAAGAUCCGCAACUCAACUUCACCUCGUGGAUUGUUUAGGGAC